UUGAGCGCCCGGCUCUGGGCAGGGACACCUCGGGGGACCACUCAUUCCUCCAAGGAGGCUUUGCUGGGCCCCGGCCCUUUUUUGCGGUGGGACGUAUCGGGCGCCCCGGGGAUCAGGGAAAGCUUCCCGGUGGUGGUGGUCUCCGUUCUGGGCAGAGGAGGCCGGCGAGGGAGCUGGUGAGCACUGGAGAGCCUCUCCAGGUGGGCUGCCUGCCGGGGCGUCACCUCCUCCUGCCGGCCCGGGGAGGGAGCGCAGGACCACACCGCCUCCCCUGGCGCCGUGCAAGUAGUAGGCUCACAGGAAACACUUAUUUGUCCAGUCGGGCCCCCGCCUUCCGCUUGCCGCUGCACCGAGUUCCUCCACGCCGUCCAGAAUGGUACCCAGAAGUCGUGGGACUUCAUGAAGAUCCAUGACAGUGUGACCAUUCUCAUGUUCAACUCUUCUCGAAGGAGCCUGGUGUUGGUGAAGCAAUUCCGGCCAGCUGUGUACGCUGGCGAGGUGGAGCGCCUCUUCCCGGGGUCCCUGGCCGCCGUGGACCAGGACGGGCCCCGGGAGCUGCGGCCCGCGCUGCCGGGCUCGGCAGGGGUGACGUUCGAGCUGUGCGCCGGCCUCGUGGACCAGCCCGGGCUCUCGCUGGAGGAGGUGGCCUGCAAGGAAGCGUGGGAGGAGUGCGGCUACCACGUGGCCCCCUCCAACCUGCGCCGGGUCGCCACGUACAAGUCUGGUGUGGGAGUGACCGGCUCCAGCCAGACCAUGUUCUACGCAGAGGUGACAGAUGCCCAGCGGGAUGGCCCAGGCGGGGGCCUGGCCGAGGAGGGCGAGCUCAUUGAGGUUGUGCACCUGCCGCUGGAUGGCGCCCGGGCCUUCGCAGAUGACCCGGAUGUUCCCAAGACCCUCGGCGUCAUCUUUGCUAUCUCGUGGUUCCUUAGCUGCGUGGCCCCUGGCCUGGGUCCCCAGUGAAACUCCAGGGUGUCUGGACGAGCCCAGUUCUGGACACUUGCCCUGCAAACCCAAUAAAGGCUGG